CUGCGAUUCGUUCACCUUCCACACACUCACGAUCUGGCAAAUCCUCGACCGUCGCUGCGGCUUAAACGAAAGCAGUGUGUCAAACAACGGUGUUUACGCUGGAGCUCUAAAACAAGACAAGAGGGUAAAUUAAACUGCUCCGGUUAAGCCCUGCAUCUUGACCAGAGAACGCGGGGAUCAUUUGCUUCAGUCUGAAGAAAUAUUUUGUAUUUACAUACUGCAGCCGCCAUCAGUCCUUCAUAAUAAGCUUUAAUCGAUGCAAAAUGGUGCAAAAUAAGAUCACCGAAGUCACUGGAUUCCAUCGCUCUUUCAAGGGCCCACAUCCCUUUGCGGGUGACGAAUUCACAAAUGGUUCCCUCCUUAAUUCAGACUUCAAUUUUGAUUUGUCAAAUAGACAUGAUAUUACCUCCAGCAAGCCUAUUGACAUCCCUGAUGCCAAGAAGAGAAAUAAGAAGAAAAAGCGUUGCAGGGCAACUGACAGCUUCUCUGGCCGAUUUGAGGAUGUCUACAGCCUGCAGUCAGAGGUUCUUGGAGAGGGGGCUUAUGCAAGAGUACAGACCUGCAUCAACCUCAUCACCAAUAAGGAAUAUGCUGUCAAGAUCAUUGAGAAGAGACCUGGUCACAGCCGCAGUCGCGUCUUCAGGGAAGUGGAGAUGUUGUACCAGUGCCAGGGUCACAGAAACAUCCUGGAGCUAGUGGAGUUCUUUGAGGAGGAAGACAAGUUUUACUUGGUGUUUGAAAUGCUGAGAGGAGGUACAGUCCUGGCUCACAUUCACAGGAGACUACACUUCAGCGAGCAGGAAGCCUGCGUUGUGGUGCAGGACAUCGCCAGCGCUCUGGAUUUCCUGCAUAACAAAGGAAUGGCACAUAGAGAUCUGAAGCCGGAGAACAUCUUAUGUGAGCAUGCGGACAAAAUUUCGCCUGUGAAGAUCUGUGACUUUGACCUGGGUAGUGGGAUCAAGCUAAACAGCGACAGCUCUCCCAUCUCCACCCCAGAGCUCCUCACUCCAUGUGGCUCGGCAGAGUACAUGGCUCCUGAAGUGGUGGAGGCCUUCAGUGAGGAGGCCACCAACUAUGACAAGCGCUGUGACCUGUGGAGCCUGGGGGUCAUCCUCUACAUCCUGCUGAGCGGCUACCCGCCCUUUGUAGGCCGCUGCGGCAGCGACUGUGGCUGGGAUAUGGGAGAACCCUGCCACACAUGCCAGAACAUGUUGUUUGAGAGUAUCCAGGAAGGGAAGUAUGAGUUUCCAGAGAAGGACUGGGCUCACAUCUCCUCAAGUGCCAAAGACCUGAUCUCCAAACUUCUUGUUAGAGAUGCCAAGAAUCGCCUGAGUGCCGGCCAGGUUCUGCAGCACCCCUGGGUGCAGGGGGGAUUCUCUGACACACUGCCAACAUCCAUCCUACCUCAAAGGAACAGUGCCAAGGACCUGACGUUCUUUGCUGGCAAGGCAGUGGCCAUGAACCGGCAGCUGGCUGAGCAGGCUGUGAUGGCAGAGCAGCAGCAGCUUGACGAGGCUCCCACUGUCAUCACAGCCAGCUCCACUUCCAUGCACCUCUCCCCUCCAUCCAACUCCAAGCUGGCAAAGCGCAGGCAGAGCCUGCUAAAGACGGGGCCUGUCUCUGCCUCCGAGCUCUGCCAGCUCCUCGCCCCCCUCGUCAUUACGUCAUCUGCCUGAAUCACCGCCUUUGACCAUC